AUGAUGGACACUGCUAGUCCAGUGGAGAUGAGUGCUGAACGGAGGCGGACCUUGGCUUCCCGGCCUCCUCUUGAGAAAAUGCCAGAGCUUAGGUUUGGACCUCAAAGUCGCGUUAUUGACGCCCGCCCACAAUUUCUAGCCACCUCAAGCGUGUCCCCAAGCACCAGCUCUGGGUUCAUCAACUCUCCUUUUGCGAGCAACAGCCACAUCUCGCCCACAUCAAGCUGCACUCCAUUGGCCAUUGUCCCUACCUGGUCACCCAUGUGUGAUAGUCUUCAUCAUUCCACCAUACAAGGAGCCUGCGAGUCUCCAGGAGACGGCGCGUGGCCCAAAUCACAACCAUCGCAAACCAUCAAUGCCGGAAACUUUUCUUCAGCUUUUCACCAGUAUAUUGAGCUCGAUUCUUCACACAUGGUCUCUUCUGGAGUACCGACAUCACAAUCGACUUCGUACUUUGCCGCCUCGUCACCCAACUCUCAACAAGUGACUGGCCCCGAGUCUGCUCUCAUGGUCCACUGCUCCUUUUCUGGUGCAUACGGAAACAAUGACAUUUGGCAAGAAUCACCCAUCUUGCGACCCAUGCCUUUCUUGGACCAGGGCGAACACAUAUGGAACUCGCCUACAACUCAUGGGGAGGCCAACACUAUGAACUCAUUUCCUGCAGUUUUCACUGAUGCAGAAGGGGGUUAUUCGACAGAGGAGAGCCGUAGCACCGACGGAUCCCCCGUCGAAACUGUAUAUGGUCAGUCACCUGUGCUUAGCUGCGAACCAUGCGGCUUUUAUCCCAUUGCUGGCCCAGACCAGCGUAAAAAAUUGGAGAAGCACAAGAAGACCAUCAAGCACAGCAGGAAAACUGGAAAGGGAAUUGUGGACACGUUCCCCUGCGAUCAUUGUGCCGCCACAUACACCAGGCGAGACAAUCUCGUUCAACACCAAAAGUCUCAUUUCCAAGGCACACAGGCAGAGGUUGACUUUCCCUCUGCAACUGCAUUCAAUGAGGAGGUGAUUAAUCUCGGGCAUGGAAUGGAAUCUCUGCCCUUGGGAGUAGAGAGGCCAAAGAAACGGAGACGGCGGUCAUCGCUGAUGAGUCCGAGGAGUGGAGAGUAA